AGGGAAAGUUUACCAUUUUAAAAAAUGAAAUCUUAGCACAUUAAAUUAUUUAUUUAAACUAAUAACCAUGUCUGAUGUGCAUGAAUUAACAUUAAGAGAGUAUUACGAAAGCUUUGGCAAGUCUCUAAAUAAAGGAACCAACAAGGAAAACGUGAUCAUUGAGCAUGUAGAGUCUGAGGUAAUAUAUCUAGGAGAGGAAUAUGAAGUGAUUGAAAUCCUUGAAUCCGACAGUGAUUUUGAUUAUACACCAGAAAUAAUUCAUGAAAGUCCAAAAAAGCCUGAUCAGAGCUUAAAAGUUGAGCAUCCAAAGCUAGAUCCGUUAAUGCUCGGAAAGACAAAAUCAUUAAAAGCAUUUCGUCGCAAUGAAGAUGAAUGCAUAACGAAACGCAUUACUCGCAGUUCCAACAAGCUAUAG